CCUGACUCGCCUCAAACAUGGCUGCACGGGAACGCCUAAUGCUUUGGGAGCCCGGAGCCGGAGGUACUCCAGGAAUGAGACCAUUGAUCAUGUAUUCGGCGUAACGCAUCUCUUUCUAUCUCCCUGCACUCUGGGCUGGGAAACAUGAAUUUUCCAUUUGGAAAAGAGGAGAGUGCUACUGAGAAGCAGCUUUUUGAAUUUUUCUGUGAAUGCCUGCGGAGGGGAGAAUGGGAGCUGGCACAGGCAUGUGUACAUCAGCUACGUGAGGGACAAGGGGAUAUCCCUAAGAAGGUGGAAGACAUACUUCAGGCGUUGGUGCGAUGUCCGUAUCUGCUAAGAUGUGGGCAGGACAUCAACCCUCAAAAGUUAGCCUGGAUUUGGCUUCUUGUACUGGAAAAAUGGUUGGCUCAUGAAAAGAAGUUAUUCCCUGCUCUUUUCCGGAGAAAGCUUGAGUUUCUUUUUUUGUCUGAAGACCUCCAAGGUGACAUUCCAGAGAACCACCUUAAGGAGCUGUAUGAGACUUUAGCACAAGACCCGGUAGACCCUGUGCCUUGCAGAAGUCAGAGGCAGGAGAAUUGGACCCCAUGGCUCAGCUCCGAAGCUGCGUUUCUACUCUGGGAUCUUCUGAAGCAGGCACCCUUGCUAGCUCAGGCCCUGUUGGAGCUCCUGUUUGGGGAGGAUGAUGGCACCAGCCCCUAUCACUGGCCUCUGCAGAAGGCACUUGUGGACCUCAUUCGAAAGGCACUGCGAACGCUGCAGGACCCUGCCUCUGAGCCCUCUAGAGUAGUUGAUGCCAUCUAUGGAGCCCUGCGGACUCUGCGUUGUCCUGCAGAGCCAUCUGGGGUUGAGUUGUGGGUCCUGUGUGAAGAACUCCUGGAGGCCUGCAGGACUGAGCGGAGUCCCCUACAGGAGGAGCGGCUGCUCAGCUGCCUUACACACAAAGCUGGACGUAGCCUGUUAUCCCUCUACAGCCACACGUAUGCAGAGAAAGUUACAGAAAAGCUACCAAGAGCCACAACUUCAGGAAAAGUUUGUUAUUCAGUCUCACCAGAUCAUCCAGAUCCUGACCGGGUAAUGCUGGCCCUCUUCUCCACUCCUGACCCAGCCCAAGCUUGGAAAGUGACCUUUUUCUACUGCCUAAGCAACAACAAGCACUUCCUUGAGCAGAUCUUGGUAACAGCACUAACUCUGUUGAAAGAGGAAGAUUUCUCAAACCUAGGCUACCUGCUUGAUAGAGAAUUCAGGCCUCUCAGUCACCUGCUCGUGCUCCUCGGCUGGACACACUGUCAGAGCCUUGAGUCAGCUAAGAGGCUGCUCCAGACACUCCACAGGACCCAGGACCAAGGCUGUGAUGAGUUCCUCAGGGAUGCCUGUGAUGGACUAUGGGCUCACCUAGAGGUCUUGGAGUGGUGUGUCCAGCAGAGCAGUCACCCUAUACCAAAGAGAGAUCUCCUGUAUCAUUUACAUGGUGGAGACAGCCACUCAGUACUCUAUUCUCUCCAUCACCUUACGAACCUUCCAGGCCUCAGGGAGGAAGAGGUUCUCAAGCUCUUACAGAAAGUACCAGCCAAAGACCUCCCGCAAGAGCAUGAUUCAGCUGAAGCUUCAGUCCCUGAGCACCUCAGCCAGUGCCAGAACCUGACACUCUACCAGGGUUUCUGUGCUAUGAAGUAUGCCAUCUAUGCCCUCUGUGUAAACUCACAUCAGCACUCCCAGUGCCGGGACUGCAAAGACAGCCCUUCUGAGGACCUGGCCUCAACUGCAGAGCCAUCCAAGGACUCUCUCCCCACCCCAGGUGCUUCUCAUCUCUUCUCAACAUACCUGGCCAAGUGUCAACAGUACCUGUGCAAGAUCCCUGACCCUUUGUGCCUGGAACUUCUUGAAAACAUCUUCUCAUUGCUCCUCAUCACCUCUGCUGAUCUUCACCCAGAGCCUCACCUGCCUGAGGAUUAUGCUGAGGAUGAGGACAUUGAGGGGAAAGGCCCCUUGGAUGUGAGGUCCCCAUCUGAGAGCCCUCAACACAUAGCACAGCCUGACAGGAAGUCAGAAGACAGUUCCCCAGGCGCCCACAGGGGUCAUGCACAUUCAGUGCCAAACUGCCUAAAGACAGAGCUCAAAGAUCGUUUCUCAGAGCCUCAUGGGAGUUGCUUUUUGGAUCUAAAGCACUUUAUUAGUGGCAGCAAUGGAUUCCUGGCUGAUGAAUUUGCAAUGGGGGCCUUCCUCAGGCUUCUUCAGGAGCAGCUGGAAGAGAUCAGCAGCCACAACUCCCCUGAGAAUGCAACCCUGCUAGAAGGCCAGAGCUGCUUAGGAAGUAGAGAAGGACUGCAGACCCGCCUGCACCAAUUUUCCAAGAUUCUCUCUGAGGCCCAGUGGAGAUAUAAGGUGGUAACAAGCAACCAAGGUUCAGAGAAGCAGCCAUCCCGAAGAUACCGGUCCAUUGCUGCACGACACUCUAGUCUCCGACGGGGUCGGCGGACAAAAAGAAGCCGGGCAGAUGGACUGGACAGAGGCUCCAACCUGUCCCUGGAAAGUACAAGUAGUGAGCUGAGCACAAGUACCUCAGAGGGAAGCGUGAGUGGUGUGUCUAGACGGAAUGAGCUGGAUGGCCAGUCACAGCCCCAAUCUCAAAGUUCAUUCAUCCCCAUGAUGUUCUCCCCACCUGAGUCACUGCUAGCAUCCUGCAUCCUUCGUGGGAACUUUGCAGAAGCUCAUCAGGUGGUAUUCAUGUUCAACCUGAAGUCUUCACCCAGCGCAGGGGAACUGAUGUUUGUGGAACGCUACCAAGAAGUGAUCCAGGAGCUAGCCCAAGUAGAGCACAAGAUUGAAAACCAGAACUCAGAUGGGGGUAGCAGCACCAUUCGGAGAACCAACAGUGGCCGUUCAACUCUGCAGGCCAUUGGCAGUGCUGCAGCAGCAGGGAUAGUAUUUUACUCCAUUUCUGAUGUGACUGAGAAGCUGCUCAGCACCUCUGGCGAACCCAUCCCCACACUUCAGGAGGACUUUUGGAUAAACACUGCUCCCAUGGAGCCCAAUGCUCCACUGAGAGAGGUUCUGGAGGAUCUCAGUCCCCCCGCCAUGGCUGCAUUUGACCUUGCUUGCUCUCAGUGCCAGCUCUGGAAAACCUGCAAACAGCUCUUGGAAACAGCUGAACGGCGUUUGAACAGCAGCCUUGAGAGCCGGGGUCGAUGGCUAGACCAGCCACACCUCCAUGCUGAUGGCAUUCGAGGUUUUCCCGUUGUCCUUCAGCAAAUUAGUAAGAUUCUCAGUUACCCACUUACAUCAGCUGGACAAACGAAAUCAGAGGCUGUAGAAGAUAAAGCAGGAGGCCCUCCACGGUACAGCAUCAUUGAACUGCUUCAGAUGUGCUGGCCCAGACUCACUGAGGACUGUGUUGCCAGCCACACCAGCCUCUCCCAGCAGCUGGAUCAAACUCUUCAAUCUCUGAGAGAAGCAAUAGCACUGCCAGAGCCCAAGAGUACUCCUCUCACAUCCCUGGUGGAGCAGUCCUCCCAAAAGGCUCCUGAAGCAGAGGCCUACCCUAUUCACAUUCAGAUUGAGCUCCUCCAGAAGAAUCUGAGCAGACAAGCCCCAGCAGGCAUUGAGCAGACUGACUAUGUGGGCACCUUCUUCACCUACUGCAGCACCCUGGCUGCAGUUCUCCUUCAGAGUUUAAGCUCUGAGCCUGAUCACAUGGAGGUGAAAAUAGGAAAUCCCUUCGUUCUCCUGCAACAGAGCUCUUCCCAACUGUUGUCACAUCUCCUGCUAGAGAGACAGGUUCCCCCACAGAGGUUGGCGGACCUUCUGGCCCAAGAAGGACUCAGCCUAAGUGUACCUCAGGUCAUUGUCAACUGCUGCUGUGAGCCCCUUAGUCUUUGCCCUUCUCUGCAAAGCCAUCAGGCAUCAUCCCUUCUGACUCACCUGGGCAUCUUGGCCCAGCAACAUAUCUCCAACUGCCUGGAUGACAUCCCCCUCUCUAGACCAAGCUCCCCUAGGCGAAAUGAGAAUCUCACACCAGAGAAAAAGCUCCAUUCCUCCCCAAAAGACUCACCACCCCUAGCUCUCACCUCCUCUGCCUUGGCCUUCCUAAAGUCCCAUUCAAAGCUACUGGCUACUAUUGCUUGCCUAGGAGCUUCCCCGGGGACAAAGGUUAGCAAGACCAGCUUGUGGAAGGAGCUGUGUGGUCGCAGAGAAGUGCCUCUGACUGUAGAACAGAUCACCAAGGAGUGUGAGCACCUCUUGGAACAGUUCCCUGUGCUUGAGGCCUCCCUCUUAGCUACCUGGGAGCCUCUCCAUGGAUCCUCCGAGCAAGGAAGGAGUCUGGCAGCUAGUUUCUGCGGUCGCACCAGCCUCUCUACUGUGCUCCUGGGCCUGCAUUCUCCUAUUGCCCUAGAUGUGUUGAUUGGGGCAUUCAAAGAAGCCCUGGUGGCCAGAGAUUGGCCACGGGCCCUUCAGCUCACUGAAGUAUAUGGGCAAGACACAGAUGAUCUGAGCCACGUUUGGGAUGCAGUCCUGAGCUGUGCUGUCGCAUGUGACAAGGAAGCAUGGCGAUACCUGUUUCCUGUGAAGGAUGCAUGUCUGAGAAGUCGGCUGGCCUUGCAGUUUAUGGACAGGUGGCCCCUAGAGUCAUGUCUGGAGAUCCUAGCCUACUGCAUUUCAGAUAAAGCUAUCCAAGAAGGUUUAAAGUCUGAGCUGCAGAGGAAGUUGGCAGAGCUGCAGGUGUAUCAGAAGAUUCUAGGUUUGCAGGAUCCCCCAGUGUGGUGUGACUGGCAGGCCCUGAAGAGCUGCUGUGUUGAGGACCCAUCAGCUAUCAUGAACAUGAUUCUGGAAGCACAGGAGUAUGAGCUAUGUGAGGAAUGGGGCUGCCUAUACCCCAUUUCAAAGGAACAUUUAAUCAGCCUACAUCAAAACCAUCUUCUCUACCUACUAGAAAGAAGAGAUCAUGAAAAGGCUUUGAAACUUCUGCAAAGAAUCCCUGACCCUGCCAUGUGCCUUGAGGUCACAGAGAAGUCCCUUGACCAGCAUCCUAGCUUGGCCACAUCACACUUCUUGGCCAACUACCUCACCACCCAUUUCUAUGGAGAACUGACCACUGCUCGACACCAUGAAAUCCAGGCCCUGUACAUGGGAUCCAAGGUUCUGCUGACUCUGCCUGAGCAGCACCGGAACAGCUAUUCCCACUUGUCCUCCAACCCCCUACUCAUGUUAGAGCAGCUGCUGAUGAACAUGAAGGUGGAUUGGGCCACUCUGGCAGUGCAGACUCUGAACCAGUUGCUGACUGGACAGGAGAUUGGCUUCACCAUGAAUGAGGUUGACUCCUUGCUUUCCAGAUAUGCAGGGAAAGCCCUGGACCUCCCAUACCCUCUGAGGGAGAAACGAUCAGAUUCUGUGAUUCAUCUCCAGGAAAUUGUUCAUCAGACUUCGGAACCUGAAACCCUGUCUAGAUCACCAUCAACAGAAUUCUCUACUACUGUUUCUGGUGUCUCCAUGGCAUGUUCCCCCAGCCCAAGUGAAAGGUGUUUUGCUCCAAAUCAGCCUCUACUGGAAUUUGUGCCCCCAUCAGCACCUCCUGCCAGGAGCCAGUGGGUACCAGAUGAGACUGAAAACAUCUGCAUGGUGUGCCGCAGGGAGCACUUCACCAUGUUCAACAGACGUCAUCACUGUCGCCGCUGUGGCCGGCUAGUGUGUGGUUCUUGUUCCACUAAGAAAAUGGUGGUGGAAGGCUGCAGGGAGAGUCCUACUCGUGUAUGUGACCAGUGCUACAGUUACUACAACAAAGAUACAUCAGAGGAAAGCCCAAGCCAAUCAGAAGCUGCAGAAAGCUCUAAGAGCGAAAGCCUUCCGUAUCUGGCUGUGGUGAGAGUUCCCAAAGCAGCAGAGGUGGAAUGGAUUUUGAGUCUAAAUGAAGAAGAAAAUGAGCUAGUGAGGAGUGAAUUCUACUAUGAGCAGGCUCCUAGCGCCUCCUUGUGUAUUGCCAUCCUGAAUCUGCACCAGGACAGUGUGGCCUGUGGUCAUCAGCUAAUUGAGCACUGUUGCAGGCUGUCUAAGGGCCUCACCAACCCAGAAGUGGAUGCAGGGUUGCUCACGGACAUCAUGAAGCAGCUGCUCUUUAGCGCCAAGAUGAUGUUUGUCAAGGCUGGCCAGAGCCAGGACUUGGCUCUUUGUGACAGUUACAUCAGCAAGGUGGAUGUACUGAAUAUUUUAGUUGCUGCUGCCUAUCGCCACGUGCCAUCUCUAGAUCAGAUCUUACAGCCAGCUGCAGUAACCAGGCUAAGAAACCAGCUUCUGGAAGCUGAAUACUACCAACUGGGCAUUGAGGUUUCCACAAAAACUGGGCUUGAUUCCGCUGGGGCUUGGCAUGCAUGGGGCAUGGCCUGCCUCAAAGCUGGGAACCUCAAUGCUGCACGAGAAAAGUUCAGCCGCUGUCUGAAACCCCCUUUGGACCUCAAUCACCUAAGUCAUGGCUCCAGGCUGGUCCAGGAUGUGGUUGAAUACCUGGAGUCCACAGCAAGACCCCUUGUUUCCCUGCAAGAUGAUGAUUACUUUGCCACCUUGAGGGAACUUGAAAUGACCCUUCGAACCCAGAGCCUCUCCCUGGAAGUGAUUCCUGAAGGAAAAACCAUGAACAACACCUACUACCAAGAAUGCCUUUUCUACCUGCAUAACUAUAGUACCAACCUAGCCAUCAUCAGCUUCUACAUGAGGCACAGCUGUCUACGGGAAGCCCUCUUACACCUCCUCAACAAGGACAGUCCUCCAGAAGUCUUUAUAGAAGGAAUUUUCCAGCCAAGCUAUAAAAGUGGAAAGCUACACACAUUAGAAAACUUACUAGAAUCCAUCGAUCCAACCUUGGAGAGUUGGGGAACGUAUUUGAUUGCUGCCUGCCAGCAUUUACAGAAGAAGAACUACUACCACAUUCUGUACGAACUACAGCAGUUUAUGAAGGACCAAGUUCGGGCUGCCAUGACCUGUAUUCGGUUCUUCAGUCAUAAAGCAAAGUCUUACACGGAACUGGGAGAGAAGCUCUCAUGGCUCCUUAAGGCCAAGGACCACCUGAAGAUCUACCUCCAAGAAACAUCCCGCAGCUCUGGAAAAAAGAAAACUGCCUUCUUCCGGAAAAAGAUGACUGCAGCUGAUGUAUCCAGGCACAUGAAUACACUUCAGCUGCAAAUGGAAGUGACCAGAUUCUUACAUCGGUGUGAAAGUGCUGGGACCUCUCAAAUCACCACUCUGCCUCUGCCAACACUGUUUGGAAAUAACCACAUGAAAAUGGAAGUUGCCUGCAAGGACUUCCAGCUGGAUGCUGCUGCCACCUACUGUAGAGCUGCCCGGCAGCUGGUGGAAAAGGAGAAAUACAGCGAGAUCCGACAACUGCUCAAAUGUGUCAGUGAGUCAGGCAUGGCAGCCAAAAGCGAUGGGGACACCAUCCUUCUCAACUGCGUGGAAGCCUUCAAGAGAAUCCCACCGCAGGAGUUGGAGGGUCUGAUCCAGGCAAUACACAACGAUGACAAUAAGGACCAAGUUCGGGCUGCCAUGACCUGUAUUCGGUUCUUCAGUCAUAAAGCAAAGUCUUACACGGAACUGGGAGAGAAGCUCUCAUGGCUCCUUAAGGCCAAGGACCACCUGAAGAUCUACCUCCAAGAAACAUCCCGCAGCUCUGGAAAAAAGAAAACUGCCUUCUUCCGGAAAAAGAUGACUGCAGCUGAUGUAUCCAGGCACAUGAAUACACUUCAGCUGCAAAUGGAAGUGACCAGAUUCUUACAUCGGUGUGAAAGUGCUGGGACCUCUCAAAUCACCACUCUGCCUCUGCCAACACUGUUUGGAAAUAACCACAUGAAAAUGGAAGUUGCCUGCAAGGUUCAGGCUUACCUUACUUGUUGCAAACUGCGUUCUGCAUACCUGAUUGCCGUGAAGCAAGAACACUCCCGGGCCACCACCCUUGUCCAGCAGGUGCAACAGGCUGCCAAGAGCAGCGGGGAUGCAGUAGUACAAGACAUCUGUGCCCAGUGGCUUCUGACAAGCCUCUCCCGUGGUACCCAUGGCUCAGGCUCCAGGAAGUGA